CUCAGCUGAAUACACACAUCUUCUUGACGAAUACGAAUCCAGCGCAGCGUAAGAUACUGUCUUGACGAUUUGAUCACUACGAGACAAGUACAGUCGUUGAAAGAAGGAGAACGUUGCUGGCCUUCUUGAGCUCUUGAUUUCUUUGCCCCGCCAUCGGACGAGUCAACCCCGAAAUCAACACCACAACUCUACAAGUCACCAACCGUCACAAUGUCUUCCACCAAGCGCAUCACAAAGGAAUUCGCCGAAAUCUCCCAAGAACCCCCCGAGGGCUUCACCGUCUCCCUCCCCCCCAACGAGUCCAUCCACACCUGGCACGUCACCCUCCAACCCCCUCCCUCGACGCCCUACCACCCAGGCCGCUUCGGCAUCGUCCUCUCCCUUCCCACCGACUACCCCUUCAAGCCUCCCGUCGUCAAGUUCUGCACGCGCAUCUACCACCCCAACGUGACAAACGACUCUCUCGGCAACAUCUGCCUCGGCCUCCUCAAGCCCGACGCCUGGAAGCCCAGCACAAAGAUCCGCGCCGUCCUCGAGGCCCUUGCCAAUCUUCUCGAGGAACCUCAGCUUGAUAGUCCCCUUGAGGAGCGUAUUGCUCAGCAGUACCAGUCUGAGCGGGAGGCUUUUGACAAGACUGCCAAGCAGCACGUUGAGAGGUAUGCCAUGGGGGAGCCCGUGUUUCCACCUGUUGUGUGAGGUGUGAAUCAUAAACAAAUCAUGGGGAUAUCAAAAAAAGGGAGAGAAGGAAACUUGGCGUGUCAUUUGGAUAGCUCAAUGUGUUGGGCUUUGGCCAGACAUUGGGCAUCAUGGCUUACGAGACAUGCCUGACAACUUGCGAAACAACGAUUGAAUGAAAAUGAAGACAGCACAAUCAUGAAUGGACGGAUGAAUUCAUCAGGGACGCCUUUUCAGCUGGCUGUCUCGGCUUGUAUUUAUUUACUUGCACUCAUGCACAACAAACAAACAAACAAUAGCACAAGACAAGAAAGACAUACAUAAUUAG